GAAAACUUGAAGGAAGGAUUUGGUGAUUUGCAUGUGGAUGUGGCAAUGUGGCAUUUACAUUUGCAUUUGCAUCAGUUAAGAGGAUCCGAAAAUCCCAUCGCUCAUUGACUCUUCCAUUCCAUCAAAUCCCAAUCUGAAUCUUCAUUUCAUUUCAUUUGAAUCAUCAAUCAUAACAUCCCUUGAGAGAGAAUGGAAGUGUCAACCAUGAUGAGCUCAACUGUACAGAAUUUGAUGAAUGUUACCUUCGAUUGGCUCAAUUCAACUUUAGAUGUUCCUUCUGUCCGCGCUGUUGUCUUCGGAUUCAACAUUCGAGGACAUUUGUUCAUCGAAGUUUUUCUCCUUGUCGUCAUCCUUUUCUUGCUCUCUCAGAAAAGUUACAAGCCUCCUAAACGCCCCUUAACAAACAAGGAAAUAGAUGAGCUUUGUGAUGAGUGGGUUCCAGAACCACUGAUUCCUUCUCUUAACAAAGAGUUGCUCUAUGAACCACCAGCGCUAGAGAGCUUGGAUUGUCUACCAGGACAGGUGUCAACCAAAAUGAGCAAGUGUUAUAAUGCCUUCCAUAAAAAGUUGCUGGAAUCGUGUACAGCUUCUUUAGAUAAAUAUGGUGUAGGUUCUUGUGGUCCCCGUGGAUUUUAUGGAACAAUUGAUGUCCAUCUCGAUUGUGAAGCAAGAAUAGCCAAAUUUUUGGGUACCCCUGAGUCAAUUCUCUACUCUUAUGGAUUGUCUACCAUGUUCAGUGCAAUUCCUGCUUUCUCUAAAAAGGGAGAUAUAAUUGUUGCGGAUGAAGGAGUCCACUGGGGAAUUCAGAAUGGCCUUUACCUUUCAAGAAGCACAGUGGUGUAUUUCAAGCAUAAUGACAUAAACUCUUUGAGACAAACUCUGGAGAAAAUUACUACAGAAAACAAGCGAGUCAAGAAACUGCGGCGUUAUAUCGUCAUUGAAGCUGUUUACCAGAAUUCUGGUCAGAUAGCACCCUUAGAUGAGAUUAUUAAACUGAAAGAGAAAUACCGUUUUCGUAUUUUGCUGGACGAGAGCAACUCAAUUGGUGUGCUUGGAAGUUCUGGAAGAGGUCUCACUGAACACUAUGGAGUCCCUAUCGAGAAGAUAGAUCUUGUAACUGCUGAUAUGGGACGUGCAUUGGCCACAGAAGGAGGAUUCUGCACCGGAAGUACAAGGGUGAUAGAUCACCAACGACUAAGUAGCUCCGGCUAUGUCUUUUCUGCGUCUCUGCCCCCAUAUCUUGCAAGUGCUGCAAUUUCAGCACUGGACAUUCUGGAGAAAGAUCCCAAACUGAUAAAAAAGCUGAAGAAUAACAUUGCUGUGUUAUGGAAAGGAUUGUCAGGAAUAUCAGGCUUGACAAUUGCAGGUAGUCAAGAGUCACCAAUUGUUUAUUUGAAAUUGAAGAAGUCAACAGGUUCCAUGCAGGAAGACCGACGCCUGCUUGAAGCUAUUGCCGAGCGUGUCUUGAAAGAAGAUUCAGUAUUUGUGGUUGCUUCCAAACGAUCAACAUUGGACAAAUGCCGUUUACCUGUUGGAAUUAGAUUGUAUGUUUCUGCAGGGCAUUCAGAAUCUGAUCUUCGCAAGGCAUCUGAAUCGUUGAAAAGGGUUGCAAAGCAAGUCCUGGGAGGAUCAUAAUUGAACACCCAAUUCAUCACUAUACUUGAAUUCUAUUCACCUGCUGUCUCCAAGAAACGGCAGCUGUGAAGUUUGAGAAUUUUGCUCCCAUAAAGUUGACAUUGUUCCUGCUGUUCCUUAGAAAUGAAACAGCAAGAGAAUUGAAAUCCUAGUUCAGCGUUGCAUAUAUAGUUUUUUUGUUUGGCUCAUUGCCGUGUAGAAUAAGGGGUUUAUUUAUUUAUUUAUUUUUGUCAUCUGUUGGAAAUGACAGCUUUGCAUAAUUAAAUUCCAGUGUUAUGGUUAUGGGGACCUCUUCUUUAUUGCCUCGUGUAUUUUCUGUAUUUUUUAAAUAAAAAAUCGUUUAUAUUUUCUUUC